AUGGAGAAUGUGUUUAGAGGUCUGGACCAGUGCUGUGAAGAGGAGAAACUCCAGAGGCUAUUGAAACUGAAGCUCCGUUAUUUUACUCCCAAAGAAGUUGCCAACCUCAUGGGCUUCCCUCAAAGCUUCUCCUUUCCAGAGCAGAUCACUACCAAGCAGAAGUACAGAGUUCUAGGAAACAGCCUUAAUGUUGUGGUGGUCACCAAACUGCUGCAGCUGCUCAUUUCCUAGCACUUGGGAAACACUGGAGGAGACCAUCUUAUUUUCCUGUGAUGUUGGAAAUUACAGAGACUUUGAUAAACUGCAUAAAAAAAGUAAACUUUUUGCAUAUGGUGGUGUGCUCAAUUAAAAAAAAACACAAUAUGGUAAUGUAUUGGAUUGAUACAAAUCGUACCAUCAAUACGCAUUCCUAAUAUUGUUUAGUUUUUCUUGUUCAUUGCCCAGACGCUGGUCAAAAACACUUAUAGUGACAUCUAAACAGUGUAAGUUACUUUUUCUUUUUUUUAACAUGUCAGUUAUAACAGUACAUCUUUUGGUUGCACCUGAAUGUUUUGAGAUUUUCUAAUAAUCCAAAUAAAAACCUAAAAAAAUAA